AUGGUCCUGGUCCUGGCGGCUGGCAGCCUCUUCUUCCCGGGUCUCUUCCUGCUGGCCAGGGCCGGGCUCCGGGGGAUACCCACCUUCCGGGGAGACCAGCCCAACGCCGACAUCGUGGCCGCCAGGCUGGUGUCCUCUAUACAAGCGGUUUUGGCAUCGACGGCCGGGUACAUCGUGGCAUCGAGCUGCAAGGAUGUCAUUGAGGACCAGCACUGGCUCGCUCCCACCUACACCCGCUUCGCUGUGCCCUACUUCAUAUAUGACAUCUACGCCAUGUACCUCUGCUACUGGCACAAGCAUAAGGUGAAAGAGCACUCGGGGGGCUGCGAUCUGUUCAAGGGCUACCUCUAUAAGGAGUUCCUGAUGGUCCUACACCAUGUCUUCAUGGUCCUCGUCUGCUUCCCCGUGUCUGUGCUCUGGAGGGAAGGAAAAGGCGACUUCUUCUUGGGUUGCAUGCUGAUGGCCGAACUCAGCACUCCAUUCGUCUGUCUGGGCAAAGUGCUCAUCCAGUACAAGAAGCAGCACACGCUUCUGCAUCGGGUCAAUGGUGUCGUCAUGCUGGUGACGUUCUUCUGCUGCCGUCUCCUGCUCUUCCCGUACAUGUACUGGGUAUAUGGACAGCGGGUCGGACUGCCUCUCUACAAGGUCCCGUUCAGCCUGUCUGCAGAAUACAACCUCGGCGCAGCCAUUCUCAUGGCCCCCCAAGUCUACUGGUUCUACCUAAUCUGCAGAAGAGCUUACAGUCUGUUCCGACAGUCAAUGAUGAGCCCGCCCCCAAAAAUGGACAUCCGGCACCUGACAGCCCUUCAGCCAAAGACCAGGACUGCUCACAGU